AUGUUUGGACUUAUUAUAGGAUUCUACAUUCCAGAGCUCUCUGAUAUUAUUAUCAAGAAGAACAUGGAAGGAGAUUCUGCCACAAAGAUUCAACUUAAGGGGAUUAUGAUAGGAAAUGGGAUAAUGAACGAUGAUACGGAUCUAAAAGGAUCGAACGAUUAUCUCUGGAGCCAUGCAUUGAUUUCGGAUGAAACUUAUCAAGGACUCGUAGAGCACUGCAAGAACUACAGCAGCCCCAAAUGCGACGAUUAUCAAGAUAGAGUUGAAAAAGAAUGUGGAAAAAUAGAUUUCUCAAAUAUUUAUGGCCCGUUAUGUUCAUCAAAUUCAUCGACGAAGACAAAAAGCCUCGGAGGCCCCUUUAUCAAUGCUUGGAAGGACAGCCCAACAACCAUGAUCCCAAUAUAUAGAAGGCUCAUCGCCUCGGGUCUAAGGAUACUUCUUUACAGUGGCGAUGUGGAUGCAGUUGUUCCAGUUUCUGGCACUCGAUAUUCCAUCGAUGCCUUAAACCUUAAAGUGAUCAAACACUGGAGUUCUUGGGUAGACGAUAGCAACGAAGUGGCUGGAUAUCAAGUGGUUUAUGAUGGAUUAGCUUUCGCAACAAUUCGGGAUGCUGGCCAUGAAGUUCCAAAAUGCCAACCAUGUAGAGCUUUGGCUCUGUUGAAGAUGUUUAUAGCAAACCUUUAUUGA